CUGGCGGUCAACGCAGAGCAGUGCAGACAAGAUGGCGGCCCCCGUUAGGACGUUGUGCUGUUCAGUGUUUAGACUGUCCAGCAGACAGCUCAGCACGACAUGUGGAGUACAAGCUGGGCAGAAAUGGAGGACAGAACAUGGACUUGCCAGAAGCGGCACAGAAUAUGGACCUCUGACAGAUCUGCCUGAUUGGUCUUUUGCAGAUGGACGACCUGCACCUCCACUGAAGGGCCAACUGAGAAGAAGGGAAGAGAAAGAAGCUCUGGCUAAGCGCAUUGUGACGCUGAGCUCGGAGGUGGACCAAGGAAUAGAGAUGUGGAAGGAUAAAGUGGCAGAAGCUAAAAGAGCGGAGGAGCACAAGAAGUCUCUUUUACUGAAACCUAAAGGGAAGCUAUUAAUGAAGAAAAAAUCUAAAAGUUAGACGCAGAUAUUCUGAACAAUAUGUUGAUAUUCAGCCUGAUAGAUGUAUUUAUGAGGACUUAUGGGUUUUCUUCUGCUUUGUAAUUUGUGUUUUUCUCAAUAUCCAUGCAAUAAAUGUUUGUUCAAGACUUUGAAUACAAAGA